ACAACCAUAUUCGCCGCGCUGGGUAUUCUGGGAACACAGAGUAGUUUCAAGAUGGCGGCGAGCAGGAGGCUGUGCAAGGAACUUGAGGACAUUCGCAAAUCUGGAAUGAAGAACUUCAGAAACAUUCAAGUUGACGAAUCAAACCUAUUGUCAUGGCAAGGGCUCAUUGUUCCUGACAACCCACCUUAUGACAAAGGUGCGUUCAGGAUCGAAAUCAUUUUCCCCACUGAAUAUCCCUUUAAGCCUCCGAAGAUCACGUUUAAGACUAAGAUCUAUCACCCCAACAUUGACGAGAAGGGCCAGGUGUGCUUGCCUGUCAUCAGUGCUGAGAACUGGAAGCCUGCCACCAAAACUGACCAAGUAAUUCAGUCCCUCAUCGCGCUGGUGAACGACCCCCAGCCGGAGCACCCCCUGAGGGCAGACCUAGCAGAAGAAUACUCAAAGGACCGUAAAAAAUUCUUGAAGAACGCUGAAGAGUUUACAAGAAAACACAGCGAAAAGCGGCCAAUGGACUGAUCAGACCAGCGUGUAGCCCCUCUCUCUGUCUCUCUCUUUCUUCCCCUCUACUCUCCUCUCACCUGCCCGACCAAAUACCCCCUCCCCUCCCCCACACACACACCUCAUCACCUCCCUCACUUACUCUCUUCCACCAGUUCUCUCCUCCUCACUGCCCUGGAGCUGCCCAACUGAAGCCAACCAGUGGCAACUUAAAGCCCUCCCUCUCCAGGACCCUAUGUGGAUCAGACAGCCCACCCCUUCUCUUCCUCCUCCUCCUCCUCCUCCUCCUCCUCAUCAUAAACGUCCAGGCCAUUUCUAACUUUCUACUCUUUACAUAAAGUUACAAAAGAGAAGCUAAGAGAACUCAGCGUUCACUCAGAGUUAGAUGGAAAUACUCCGUAUAAUGUGUUAAUUAUGUGUUGGCUUUUUCCUCUAUAUAAACAACUCAUGUAUUCAAAUAGUUCUCACGUACAUUUUCAGAGAUCUUUUACUUUAUCUUUUUUUUUGCAGAGCAGGGUAAAUCUUUGUAAACUUUUUUAUCUCUUUUUUGCUCCAUCAUCUGAACGAAAAGAGACCGGAAGUCUCUAACCCUCACUUCCUCUGCUUCUAGAAUUGCACUGUAAAAACCUCCUGUAGAACAAUCCCUCCUCGCGUCUCCUUCAACGCACACACUCCCACUGAGCGCGCGCACACACACACACACACACGCCGUGCAUUUCGCUGAAAAUGCUAGAAGAGAUUCUUGAGUGUUUAAAGUAAAAAGAAAAAUUGGUUUCCAAACAUGCAGCUCGGAUGAGCCGGCCCUGCACGACACAUUCACGUCCAUCUUUACAUACGUGCAUAUUUUUUUUUAUUUUGGUUUUUGCAACACAGUUCAGUUGCUAUCAAAAAAAAAAAAAAGACCCUGCUGUUUAAAAACCAACGUUUACUGUGACUUUCUUUGACUCACGAUUUUCUUUUAUCCACCUGAAAAUGUUUUCAAAUGAUUGGCACUUGACAUAUUAAAUUGGUGGCAAUCUCGGAAAACCCUUUUUGUGUUCUUUCGAACCCUCCACUCGCGCUAAACCCCAUCGCAACCACCUGUCACGUUCAAAACAAGAGCCGCCCCCUUUACCAGACUGACACUCGUGCACACUCCCAACAGCACGGUGAUCAGCAGCUGUCCGGCUCAAAGAGAGGGGGAUUCAGAGGAGAAGCUGGAGAAGGAUGCACUCAGCUGGAAUGGCUCUAGCUGAGUUCUUCAAAGGCUCUUCUUGAAACAAGCACCUUGAAGGCAACGAGGAGAGACCUGAAAAUAUUGUUAGAAGAAGAAGAAGACGAAGAGGGCUGGCGGUCCAGGAAGUGUGUCCGGAUAAUGGGAAGGAACUGCAGUGGCCAAAAGAAAAAUCCACCAUGUAUUAGCUGUUUGAUCUGGUCCUAAUAUUGUUUCUUAAUAAAGAUGGCUAAGCAUUUGGCCUCACUGUAAA